AUGGCGGACUUCCUGCCGUCGCGUUCUGUGCUGUCGGGUUGCUUCCCCGGCUGCCUGCUCACCAGUAGCGAGGCAGAGCAACAGCGUAAGUCCAAGGAGAUCGAUAAGUGCCUGAACCGCGAGAAGACAUACGUGAAGCGCCUCGUCAAGAUCCUCCUGCUGGGCGCGGGCGAGAGCGGCAAGUCCACCUUCCUCAAGCAGAUGCGGAUCAUCCACGGGCAGGACUGGGACCGGGCGGCCCGUGAGGAGUUCCGAGCCACCAUCUACAGCAACGUGAUCAAGGGUGUCAGAGUCCUCGUAGAUGCCAGAGAGAAACUUCAUAUCCCUUGGGGAGAUCCUGCUAACCAAAGCAACGGAGAUACGAUGAUGGCUUUUGAUACUCGGUCGGUCACGGUGGUGCAAGGCAUGGUGGAGACAGCGGUUUUUUUACAGUACCUCCCAGCCAUAAGAGCUCUCUGGGCAGACAGCGGCAUCCAGCACGCCUAUGACAGGCGCAGAGAAUUCCAGCUGGGGGAAUCUGUAAAGUAUUUCUUGGACAACUUGGAUAAACUUGGAGAACAAGAUUACCUUCCCUCCCAGCAAGACAUCCUGCUGGCACGGCGACCCACCAAAGGGAUUCACGAGUACGACUUUGAGAUCAAAAAUGUUCCGUUCAAAAUGGUCGACGUAGGCGGGCAGAGGUCAGAGAGGAAACGUUGGUUCGAGUGCUUCGACAGCGUCACAUCGAUACUGUUCCUGGUUUCCUCCAGCGAGUUUGACCAGGUGCUGAUGGAGGAUCGGCAAACAAACCGCCUGACAGAAUCCCUGAACAUUUUCGAGACGAUAGUCAACAACCGGGUGUUCAGCAACGUCUCCAUCAUCCUCUUCUUGAACAAGACGGACUUGCUUGAGGAAAAAGUACAAAAAGUCAGCAUCAAAGACUAUUUCCCAGAGUUCGAAGGGAAUCCCCACUGCUUAACAGAUGUCCAAAAAUUCCUGGUGGAUUGUUUUCGUACUAAACGCCGGGACCAGCAGCAGAAGCCCCUCUACCACCAUUUCACCACUGCUAUUAACACAGAGAACAUCCGGCUAGUUUUCCGUGAUGUUAAGGAUACCAUCCUCCACGACAACCUCAAGCAGCUCAUGUUACAGUGA